GGGAGGGAGGGGUUGGGGGCUCGCGUCCGGGUGCCUUGGGUUCUCCCUCCCUCCAAUUCCAAUCCAGGCAGCGGCGGCGGCGGCGGCGGAGACUCCGAGGAGGAGAGGCACGGCGCCUCUGCUUCUGCUGAGAGAGAUGAAGGCCACCGUCAAGGGCCGCUUCGAGGGCGACAAGGCCACGGCCGCCACCACCCUCGCCGUCCCCGCCGCCGGCGACCUCCGCUUCAAGGCCUCCGCCACCGAGGCCGCCUUCGCCAACGGGCCCUCCCUCCGGGGACUCACCCUCACCCUCGAGAAGCCAGGGGCCUUCCUCAUCGACCUCAAGCCCCACAACCAGGAUGUGCGCUUCCAGUUCAUGAACUCCGCCCUCGUGCUCGACAAGCGCGUCAGCCUCACAUACACCCACUCCACCAGCCUCGCCCCGCCCGCCCCCGCCCCCGCCGCCGCGCCGCCCUCCCGGACCGCGCUCGACUGCUCCGUCGCCUUCGAUCCCGCCAACAAGCUCAACUUCUCCCACUCGCUCGGCUCCGGCGGCUGCCGCGUCAAGUACACCUACGCGCACGGGGUCGACCGCCUCACCACCAUCGAGCCCCUCUUCGACACCAACAAGAACGCCUGGGAGUUCGCCCUCACCAAAAAGUUCCAGGGAGGGGACGCCGUCAAGGGCACCUACCACGCCUCCACCAAGCUGCUCGGCCUCGAGUGGAGCAGGGACUCCAAGGCCGGCGGCUCCUUCAAGGUUGCGACAACAUUUGAUCUGUCUGAUCAAAGCAAAGCACCAAAGCUAAUAGCAGAGAGCACGUGGAACUAUGAGAUAUGAUUGCCUGAGGCAGCAGGCGGCUCCUUAUAUCCCCAUAAAAAUGAAAGCACCCUUGCCACACAUGCUUCUUGAUUAGUGUAUCCUGUACUACUAUGGAACGACUAAUGUUUUGGGGUGGGUGCGCCUUGAUGGUUUAUAUUAUAUCUGGUUGUGUUAAUCAUUUUUUGGCUGUCAUGCCUCCAUGCAAUGGGAAUUUUCGCUGACUGACGAUCAAUUGAUGCUAUGACACUGGAACCUGGGAAUGAAUGAAUGAAUACCAAAUACGGUUUAUUAUACGCA